AUGGCAACCCCUGAGGCCCGCGACGCGGCCAUUCGCGAGGCGAAACAAUAUGUUCGCGACAUCGUGCGAAAUGACUGGGUCUUCGAGUUAUCCCCCGAAUACGGCAUCCCCUCAGUCGCAACACCUCCGACCCCGGAGCAGGACGUACUCGAAUGGCGCAUGCGCGAAUACGAUAGCUCCGGCUCCGAACUGGAGCCUCAGUCCUCGCCGUCAACAAAUCCAGCCGAUGUCCAGCAGCUGCCUGGCUUCAGCCCAUCCGAAUUCUCUAGCCCCAUUGCGACACCGCCGGGCGAUGACUCGGAGCGCCGGCGCAAACGCCGCCGCCAGAUGGAGGAGGAGAUGCGCUGGAACGAAGGGUUGCGAACGUGGGUUGAGCGACGGGAUGCGUGGUCCGGAGCUCACACCAAGGAUGAAAUCCGCGCCAAACAACUGAAGAGACUCCAGCAGGAGCAAGGUGAGGCCGGUGCUUCGUUGUCGUCGUCGGACGCGGCGCAGAACUCCUCAGAGUCUUCCGCCAGCGCUGCGAACCUUGUCGCCAGGACAGAAGCCUCCCUCCACCUUAGCGAGCCACAAGAUUUGGCGCCGCUGGAUGGUGAGGAGGGGCAGCCAUCAGCAACCGGAGACGACAAGAAGGAACCUACUGCUUCUACAGAAACUAUCGUCACCGAACCUGGCCAUCAGAAAGAGGUAUCAAGCGCAACCACGGCCACUUCGUCAUCGGAUCACCCUCGCGCGCAGCAACUGAUUCGAACACUUGAAGAGCCCUUCAUUCCUGUCGUUCCCUCCCUGAUCGCUGGCACCAAUCCCAUCCGCGCUUCCAUCACCCCAGCCAUGUACCCCUCCAUCUAUUCCAAAGUCGUCAUUCAGGGCCUCACCCCUACCGUCCCCAUCAACCUUGCCGAUGUUACGAAGGCCAUGGUGCAGGGCUGGAAAGCCGACGGCCAAUGGCCUCCCAAACCGACAUCGAUUGUCUUACAGGAUGACGCGACUAUUCCUCGCAGGCCAGAGGACAGCACCACGACAGCCGCAGGGGACCGCCCGCCUUCGUCGCCCGAGUCGAAACGCCGCUCCGGUGUCGCCAGUGCCGUCCGGAAGGUCUUCCACUUCUCUGGGUUUCACCCUCACCCUUUUCACCGGCGAGGUUCCUCUAGCCAUCAGAAC